GCAACCAAGCAUUUAAUAUAUGCGUCCGCUGCUGCUACUUCUUCUUUAUCGAAACUCCGAAGAGAGGGAAGACAGAGAAUCAUACCACCCUAGGCUACCCACAAGCGCGGCGCGUGUGCUUCUUUGUUUCCAUGGCUUCAACGCUCCUUCUGGUGAUUGUGCUCGUGCUUGAUCUCAUUGCUUUUGCGCUUGCUGUUGCUGCUGAGCAGAGGAGGAAUACUGCCAAUAUCCGCAAAGAUACUAGUGAUCGUAACUAUUGUCACUAUGACUCAGACAUUGCGACCGGCUUGGGUGUGGGUGCAUUGCUAUUCCUUUUGGGUAGUCAACUGCUUAUAAUGGUGGCAAGUCGAUGCUUGUGCUGUGGAAGGGCUCUGAAACCUGGUCGCUCUAGGGCAUGUGCAAUUGCUCUAUUCAUCACCUGCUGGGUGACAUUUUUUAUAGCUGAGGUAUGCUUGCUGGCGGGUUCUGUGAGGAAUGCCUACCAUACCAAGUAUGCCUUGUCACAGGAUCUUUCUUCUUGUGAGACCUUGAGAAAGGGAGUCUUUGGGGCAGGGGCUGCCUUUAUCGUCUUUACUGGCAUACUCUCUGAGCUUUAUUAUGUUAGCUAUUCCAAUGCUAAUGAUGGUCAGGCUCCAUACAACAAGGACACUGGUGUGAGGAUGGGAACCUACAACUGAAGCCAUCUGUGGUGCAUGACAUUACCUUUUACCUGUUGAUUUAAUAUAACUAUGGACAAGUAGAGAGUAACAGUUCGUGUGGUUUGAGUAUACAUCUAUUGUACAUUAUAUUGUUUAAUUGCUGGAGGAUCUAUAUUGAAUUUAAACAUCUUCCAUAUGUCUGUUUAGUUGGUUUCUUUCUCAAGCUUGGAUUGUCCUUCCAUUA